GUGGUGGUGGUGCCAUUUCUUGUAGAUCUUUCCGACCAUAAUUUUUGCGGCUUACAGCCUGAAGCGAAACCCGGUGUUGAAUCUUUACCUGAAAAAGUUGAGUCUGAUAAGCAAGGAGACAUAAAGAGCAACACCAAUAAAUUUGAUGAGACGGGGGAGAAAACAGUAAGCACUGAUCAGACCGAUGAUUCGGGUGCUGAUGAUCAGCAAUAGCCGCCAAACACUUGUACAAUGUCAGAAAAACCGCAGGAUGAAGAAGUUACAGACGAAGAGGACGCUUCCUCAGCAUCAGAGCUGGCUAUUACGUUCCAACCCACAGUUCCCGUUGCCCCAAAAUUCAUCUGUGGAGAACGUUUAGAGAAACGCAAAGAGUACUACGCGAAGCUGGAUGAAAGGCACAAGGCGUUGGAGAAAGAGAAACUCGAAGCCAAAGCUAGAAAAAAGGAAGAAGAAGAAGCAGCUAUAAAGGAGCUGAGGAAGACCAUGGUGUACAAAGCAAAUCCAGUUCCUAGCUUCUAUCGUGAAGGGCCUCCCCCUAAGGUUGAGCUAAAAAAGCUGCCACUGACACGGCCUAAAUCACCAAAGCUGUCGAGGAGGAGGAGGAGCUGCGGUGAUGCAGGGAAAGCAUGUUGUGGGGAAGUAAGAGUGAACGAGCGUGCCAAAGGGAAGGAGUGCGAUGGGGGACGAAGAUCAAGUGAUAAUAGCAGGGCUGUUAAGAGUGAUACACAAGAGCAGGAAGAUGAAGAUCAACAAAACAUAUGAUCAUUUUUUUCACUUUUCUUUCCUAGUUUCAUUCACACUUUUAGCAUGGUUGAUCUAUCCAUGUGGUUUGUCUAAAUGUUCAUACUGAUAGCAUAUGUCUUAAGAGG